UUAAUGUUAUUUGUCAUAGUUUUAAAUAAAAAAUAUAAAAUAAAAUAAAAACAUACAAAUUAAACAAAGAAAAUACUGACGUAUACAUUAUAUUAAAUGCUAGACAGACAGUUCCUUGUUGCGUAAUAACACAAUGGUGAAAUUAUUGGAAAGAAAGUUUUUCAGAAGACGUAAACGAGCCAUUCGAGCUGUACUCCGUGCUUGCUUGCCAGAUUUUUUGAAUCAGGUUGUGUUGAGCAUGCUUGGCUUGAUGACCAUAGAACCUGUGCUUCAAAUUGACUGCGUAAGUGCAAGUGUCAAGUCGAACACGAUCACACCUGGCUCCAACACCGACGACAAUCAUCGCCAUGAACAGCCUGUCGACAACAGAUCAGCUAGUGAAGAUGACUACGCGUCUGAUUCAGAUGAAGAGGAGCAAGAGGACGUCGCUGAUUAUUGUAAAGGUGGCUACCAUGUGGUGAAUAUAGGUGACUUAUUUCAAGGUCGUUAUCACGUCAUUCGCAAGCUUGGUUGGGGACAUUUUUCGACAGUGUGGCUAGCAUGGGAUUUAACAGACAAGCGGUACGUCGCGUUAAAGAUAGUGAAGAGCGCAUCUCAUUACACUGAAACUGCACUUGACGAAAUGAAAUUGUUAAGGACGGUACACACAGCUGAUCCUAGUGAUCCUGGCUAUCCGCACGUUGUACAACUGUUGGAUCAUUUCAAAGUGAGAGGAAUACACGGAAGCCAUGUUUGUAUGGUGUUCGAGGUGUUGGGACAUAAUCUCCUUAAAUUUAUUAUCAAAUCCAGCUAUCGUGGUAUAUCUCUUCUGAUGGCGAAAAAUAUUAUACGUCAGACGCUUCUCGGUUUGAAUUAUCUUCACACGGCAUGUAAAGUUAUUCACACCGACAUCAAACCCGAAAAUAUUCUUGUUUGCAUCAACGAAGAGGAGAUACAAAAGUUAGCUGUUGAAGCCACCGCCGCUUCGCAACAAGGAAAAGUAUCGAAAGCGCUAGCCGCAACAGCGCCGAGACAUAUAGUGCAGAAGCAGAGUGAAACCACGACGAAAAUGUCGAAAAACAAGAAAAAGAAGCUAAAACAGAAAAUUAAAAAACAACUGCAAAAACACCAACAAGAAUUGGAAGACGAUAACGGUAAUAAUAUUGACGCGAAACUUACGGUAGACAACGAAAAUAGUGUUAACAAGGAAAACGGUUGUGUGGAUGACGCGGGAAACAUGGAAAACGUAAGAGAUAUUAAGAUGGAAGAGUGUAAUUCACAGAACGACCGUGUGUUGCCCGAGUCAGAGGAAAAAAUGGAUACUCUAACGGUUGUGAAAACUAUUCCGGAAAAUACUGCAAACGAACUUUCGAAUACAACCCGAGAGCAACCCAUCGCUCCUGCACCUGCGGAGGAGAGCGAUUGUAACCGUGACGUCAGAAUGAUUAGCAUUGAGCGCAAUGCGGCGGAAGCAAAAGAGUUAACAAAUGGUUGUAAUCAAGACAGGUCGAGAGAUGAGGAACGAAAGGAAAGAACGGGUGUCAGUGAUGCGGAAAACCACACCCAUAAUGGUAUGACCGUGGAAGAAGUUUUAGCUGAGCGACUAAAAAUUGAUAGCGGAAAUCAAGAGAAUAUGACUAGAAGAGCAACAUCUUUUCUCGAUAACCCAGAUAUUCAAGUGAAAAUUGCAGACCUUGGGAAUGCUUGUUGGGUGGAUCACCAUUUUACUGAUGAAAUCCAAACGCGACAGUAUCGCAGUAUUGAAGUUUUACUUGGUGCUGGAUAUGGUCCUCCGGCUGACAUGUGGAGUACAGCCUGCAUGGCGUUUGAGUUAGUGACAGGUGAUUUUCUGUUUGAACCUCAUUCCGGUGAAGACUAUUCAAGAGAUGAAGAUCACAUCGCUUUGAUAAUCGAACUGUUGGGUCGUGUACCGAGACAUGUGGCAUUAGGUGGCAAAUAUUCGAGAGAAUUCUUCACCAAAAAAGGAGAACUUAGACACAUUAAAAAGCUGAAACCCUGGAGUCUAAAAAACGUGCUCAUGGAAAAGUAUGAAUGGGCGGAUCAAGAUGCUCAAGAUUUCUCCGAUUUUCUUGUUCCCAUGAUGAAUUUUAUCCCAGAAAAACGAGCAACGGCGGCUGAGUGUUUACAACAUCCUUGGUUGAACACGUCUUGAUAAAACAGGAGUAAAAAUCUGGGAUACGGAAUUAAAGAAAGUUCGAACACGUUUUGGCAAGAGGUUACAUUUUCUGCGUCUGUUACAGGGUGGAUAGUAAAGAUAACAAAAUAGACAUUGCUGAUUGCGUAAAAUUCAAAUUGAUGUUUGUUAGCCCAUAGUUAGACCUUGUUGUGUGAUGUUGGUUACUUCUGGUGAAGCUUCCCUGUUCUGGUUCUACCUUGUUAGUCCUAUGAUGUGUCAUAUUUGCCAGCUUUCCUGUUUUGACUAAAUUUUCGCGCAUAUUUAAAGAAGAUAAGUUACGCAUCGAUACGUUGCAAGACGCGUGUUUUGUUACUACUCGAUAUAUUUGUCAUUAGGUUUUUGCUACAUGUUCCAGUAGGCUACAGUUGUUUAAAUUAUUUGAAUGUUAUGUGCAUGCAAUGAAAUCAGUAGACACAUGAA